AUGUUUGAGUUCAUUUAUAAUUACGUCGACAAAGAAGAGUUCACCAAGUACCUUCGUUUGACAAUUGUGAUAAGUUUUUAUUUCUUUUGUCGCCACUACUACACCAAAUGGGCCACUCAACAUCAGAUCAAGAGACAAAUAGCCAUGGAUAACCAAGAGAAGUUGGAAAAACCAGAAAGAGAAAAGAAAGAAAGAGAAGCAGAACAAAAACGGUUAGAAGAUGAAGCAGCCUCAUUUGGAUGGGGUAAGAAAACCAGAAGGAAUCUUAAAGUCUCGGAAGCGGUUUUGAAUGACCAGUUAAUGCAAGUGAGAGAAAGACAUCAAUCAGCAUAUGAUGCAGCUGAAGAUCAUGAUAUCGAAGACUUGUUGGAAGAGUAA